UAAAACAUUUUUCUCUUCAAUUUUUCUCCAGACUGAUGAUCCAUCAUCCAUCAUUUGCACUAGUCAAAUCUCACAAGUUCUGACAACAGUGACGGCAAGCUAUUCAAACGCCCACGUUUUCUUUACUUAAGUACAGCAGCUGCAGCUACGGUGUAUUUGUGUCUUGCAACUGUUGUCAGUGAUUUAUCAGGCAUUGUAGAAAACUUUUUGGCCCACUGCAAAAACGAUUGACAAACCACCACGAGAAGAAGAUUUGGUUAGAUUUUGCAGUGUCUUAAAGGUUGCGUGGGCUCCACGAAAUCGAGCAAUACGAUGAAAUGAAAGUUCAUGAAACUGUUGGUGUGCAUGAUAAAUUAUUAUAGUUAUAUAUGUGGAUGGUAUCUGAUGAAAGAAACGAGUUCUCAUUCCUAUGCUUACACCUAAACUAGCUGUUUAGUCUCUGUUUCGUUUACUUAUCAGCCAAGCUGGGGUGCACUAGCUCCAUGACCCGCGGAGCACACGAAGCGGAAAGAAACAAGAUGGCCGCUUCUUUCCCCUCCGUUGGGUCGCCACAGCGGGCAACUGGCGGAUCAAGAAAUAAAGUUUCUUUGAAACCCGGUCGUAGUCUUAUGGACUGGAUAAGACUUGGCAACAGUGGGAAGGAUCUGCAAGGUUUCGGCGGUAAAUAUCGUAAGGUUUCUUCCGAAGAAUUGGCCAAACACAACAGUGUUGAUGACGUCUGGAUGAGCAUUCGAGGAUGUGUGUACAACAUCACCCCCUAUCUAGAAUUUCAUCCUGGGGGUAUACCUGAAAUUAUGAAGGCUGCUGGGAAGGAUGGCACACAACUAUUUAACGAGAUUCAUCAAUGGGUGAAUGUAGAAUCCAUGUUGAAGGCUUGUUUGAUUGGUCCUCUUGUUCAAGCUUCGAGAGAGAGAAAGUUUGGGACAAAAAACGCCAAACCUUCACCAUCGCUGCUUGCCCCUCCGAUACCUCAGGUUUUAAAGAAGCCUAAUCACGAUGCAGACCAGAGUGGCUCAUUUUGGAGAUGUGAAGUGAAGUCAAUGACUGAAGUCACUCAUAACGUAACGAUUUUCCACUUUGCUCUUCCUAACGGGAUGAUCAUGGACGCACCAUGGGGAUAUCACGUGUAUCUUCAUCUCAACGUUUCAGGUGUUGAAGUAUCAAGGCCAUACACAAUCAUUGUACCAUCGCUGAAUUUUUCUAAAACUGAAGAAAAUAAAGCUUACUUGUAUCUCAUGAUAAAAGUUUAUCCUGAUGGAGUACUUACACCACACUUACGGAAUGUAAAAGUAGGUGAUCACUGUCGCCUAACUGGUUUCGAUGGAAAUUUUCAAACUUCUCGCUUAAUGGAGGCGAAAGAUAUCAUUAUGAUAGCUGGCGGGACAGGCAUAACUCCAAUGAUACGAAUAAUAUCUGCGUUUCUAAUGAAUGAGCUACCUACUGCGAGAACUAUGAAAUUAUUAUUUGCGAAUCGUGAAGAAAAAGACAUUAUUUGGAAAGAUAAAUUCAAUGCAUUGCAAAGCAAAAACCCUGAAAAAUUUCAAGUGCAUUAUUUUCUGUCUCGUUCCCCGGAAUCGGGUUCCGGUUACUCGAAAAAGAUUACGGAAAGCUCAUUAAGGGAUUUGUUGCCACCAAGCCCGCAAGCAGGCUACGAGAAAGACCUUCUCAUAUGUAUUUGUGGGCCCGAUCAAUUCACCUUGCAGCUCCUCGAAUCGUUAAAGCUCUUAGGAUAUCACAGCAAAUGCAUCCAUGCUUUCUUUGGAUGAGAUUUUCAACGCAUGCGCUCCAUGCGCUACUGCUUCAUCCAUUCGGGCCUAUAAAAGCGGAUUGCGAACAGGUUUCACAAUCUUCUACUAUACACAAUGUAUCCAUCGUACUACAACCUUUGAAAGGUAUUGUAUGUUGCUACGAGAGUAGCACUGAAACUCGAGAGACGUUUUCUGCUCCAAAAGCAGAAAAUGGUUCAAUAAAUGAACCAGAACAUUUAGGUAUACGGGAUAACAUCUCAAGGGCCUAUCACCAAUGCAGAAAUUUUAAAAUCAAAUUUACUAGAUGCAAAUUGAAUUUCACCAACGUUAAUAUAAAUUUUAAUGAAAUGAA